UGUACACCUAUAUCUUACUUCCUGGUUGUCGUCUACAGCAGUUGUGUUAGUGUACGACCAAAUAAUUUGGUCGUUCUGAACUAUCUAUAUGCUUUAUAUCAUGCUUUCGGAGCACUACCGAAUAAUAUUCAAUCACUCAAGAUGGUCAGGGGUGUAGAAGCUGUGUCCACAUUGUUUUGGAUAGUUUUGUUGAGUAUAUUUCCAGGGAUUCGAAUGAGUAUUAACCUGAAGAAAAGACUGACCCUUAAAGCCACCACGUACGAAUAUCCUAUUUCCGGUAACAAAGACCACAGACGGAGAUUACGGCCCUUUCGAUACAGGUGGUUGUAUGGCCGCCAAUGGGGCGAAUCCAGCAAGGUGGCAAGGCACCCUGCCUAGUAAGGCAAGAAUACAGAGAAUCGACAUUGUAUUUAGAACUCCAGAGCGUGCCGAUGGCUUUGCCUUGUGGGUAUCAAACGAUACCGGUAUACCGUCCGGUAUCAAAUGUUUCGAGGAUGUGGACGUCGGCUUCCCAAACCUUACUCAAAACAUCACCUCGUGUAACAGAACCGGUCAGAGAGUGAUGAUAAUCAUCACAAGGACAGCACCAACACUAGCGUAUAUGGACGUGUGUGAGGUGGAUGUGUAUGGUUGUUUUACAGAUACAUAUGGUGACCAGUGUCAAUACAAUUGUACCAACUGUAAACACGGCUGUGACCCUUACAACGGAGUUUGUGAUUCAACACACUGUAAUGCGGGCUGGACUGGACCACGGUUUUGCAACCAAACUUGUUCAUCAGCUACAUUUGGAGAGAACUGUGUUUAUGAAUGUCGUUGUAAGACGCCCGGAUGUAACGGACUGACCGGACAAUGUAACACACCAGGAUGCAAGGCUGGUUACCAUGGAACCAGUUGUAAUCAAGUUUGUUCGAUCACAACGUUUGGCGAGAACUGCUCAUCCGAGUGUAACUGUGAUACUCCGGGUUGUGACUCGGUAACAGGUCAUUGUAACGUAUCCGGGUGUGUUUCCGGCUGGAAGGGGGCGUCAUGUAUUAUACCUUGUGCCGAGGGAAUGUUCGGUAAGGAUUGUAACACUCGAUGUCACUGUGCUGUACCCGGAUGUGAUAAGGCAGAUGGAACUUGUACAGACACAAAUGCAGGCUGUUUAGAUGGCUGGAAUGGUUCUUCCUGUAGCCAAGCAUGUGUUGCUCCUUAUUUUGGAAAUAAGUGCACAUCACGAUGUAGAUGCAAAACAGUUGAUUGUAACCACGCCGAUGGGACAUGUGCAAUACCUGGAUGUAUAUCUGGGUGGAUGGGAACGUCAUGCUCAACACAAUGUCCCAAAAACAUAUUUGGAGAAGACUGUCUCAUCACAUGUCAUUGUAUGACCCCCGGAUGUAGCCGCUUCAAUGGAACCUGUUUGUCAUCAGAUGGUUGUAGUGAUGGAUACGUUGGUAGCUCGUGCAGUACAAAAUGCAAAUCAGGACAUUUUGGUGCUAACUGUACGAACCAAUGUCGUUGCAAGGAUGCUGCAUGUAGUCACGUGACAGGAAACUGCUCUGCAUCCGGAUGUCUUCCAGGCUGGAAGGGUGACACGUGUAGCGAACAAUGCAAAUCAGGACAUUUUGGUGCUAACUGUAUGAAACAAUGUCGUUGUAUGGAUGCUGCAUGUAGUCAUGUGACAGGAAACUGCUCUGCAUCCGGAUGUCUGCCAGGCUGGAUGGGUAUUACGUGUAGCGAACGUGAGUAUAUCUUCAUCAGAAGGUCGUGCAAAAUUUGUCUGUGAUAAUUCUCUGAUUCCUGUGCGUAAAUGACAGAACUGUCUAGAGAAAGUGAAAUGCUUAAUGGAACAAAAAACGAUUUGACGUCACGAAACCGGAAACAUUCCGAUCAAUGAUACGGAAAUUGGGGUGCUUUAUGUGACUUCAAGGCUAAUUGUGGUUGUCGGAAAGAGAUAGAAAUACCUUUUUAUGCCAAGGGUUGUAGGAUAGGGAAAUUCUACUCUCGGGAUGUAAAAAAAACAAAUGGUGCAAAACUCCCGA